AUGUCAUGUUACCGCCUCUUUCUCUUUACUUCACUCUCCCUCUUCUUUCUUUUUCCUUUUUCCUCUUUCUUUUUCCUUUUUCCUCUUUCUUUUUCCUUUUUCCUCUUUCUUUUUCCUUUUUCCUCUUUCUUUUUCCUUUUUCCUCUUUCUUUUUCCUUUUUCCUCUUUCUUUUUCCUUUUUCCUCUUUCUUUUUCCUUUUUCCCUCUUUCUUUUCCUUUUCCUUCUUUUCCUUUUCCUUUUCUUUUCCUUUUCCUUUUCUUUUCUUUUCCUUUUCCUCUUUUUUUCCUUUUUCCUUUUUCUUUUUUUUCUUUUUCCUCUUUCUUUUUCCUUUUUCCUCUUUCUUUUUCCUUUUCUUUUCCUUUUUCUUUUUUUUUCCUUUUCCUCUUUCUUUUCCUUUUCCUCUUUCUUUUUCUUUUUCCUCUUUCUUUUCCUUUUCCUCUUUCUUUUCCUUUUCUUUUCCUUUUUCUUUUUUUUUCCUUUUCUUUUCUUUUCCCUCCCAUUUCAAUAUAUCACUUCCGUUAAAUAGCGAAGAAGGAAAUGGAGAACCAACCAUAAUUUAUUCAAGACAUGAUAAAGUUUUGCCCAAAGACUUUGCCACCGAGGUUCGUGGGUCCAUGGACAUUCAGAGAUUUAUCAAUCAAUCGGUUCUUCUUUUAGACUUGAAUGAAACCAAUGUUGAUAAAAUCAUGGAUGAACUUCUUAAAGCUCUGCUUGGUAGUGAUUUGGUUGCAGAGGCAAAAUCUCACCUUUUUACUCAUGAUGACAUUCAUCAGAUGCGCAGAACACUUCAGUCUAGCUGCCUGGCAAGUGGAGGUGGUUUUGACUAUGAUCAAAGCUGGAUAUGCACAAUGUGUAGCAUGCCUACAGUUCCAACAAGUAAAGUUGGGAUUGCCCGCCUUCGCCAGCCAGCCAACUUUGGUACAACUGCUCAGGAAAUAUUCUUUAUUGUUUUAGUUGUAACACCCACAAAGGAGAAAUCAACAAAGACUGAUUAUGAGAUUGGUCGUACAUUUGCGACUUUAUUCAGCAAUUCUGAAUUUCGGCAAGAAAUCCUCCAUGCCUACAACGAGGAGCAGUACUUUGCUGUGAUGAAAAAAUAUGCAGAUAAAAUGUCCUCAACAUCGAAUGCAAAUCUGCAUAUAGAUGACAAUAUUGGGAAGAAGUCCAUCUUUAAGAAUUGUGGAUUCAUGAAUGGUAUACUUGAAGAUCUCCGACGACGAAUUCCACAUUAUAUUUCUGAUUACAAAGAUGGUGUAAUUGGCCACAAUUCCAUACAAAAAACUCUUUCUACAUCUUGUUUCCUGUUCUUUGCAAUUCUCUUACCUUCAAUUGCAUUCGGAGUUUUAAACUCUGAAAAUACUAAUGGAAUGCUUAAUGUCAAGAAAGUGAUUUUUUCACAGAUAUUUGGUGGGUUGGUAUUUGCAUUGUACGGGGGCACACCCCAAAUAGUUCUACUCACAACAGCGCCACUUGCUCUUUACACCAAAAGUAAAAAAACAAUUAUUCUGUUUCUCUUCUUUUUAUUCUGUUUCUCUUCUUUUUAUUCUGUUUCUCUUCUUUUUAUUCUGUUUCUCUUCUUUUUAUUCUGUUUCUUCUCUUUUUAUUCUGUUUCUCUUCUUUUUAUUCUGUUUCUCUUCUUUUUAUUCUGUUUCUCUUCUUUUUAUUCUGUUUCUCUUCUUUUUUUUCUGUUUCUCUUUUUUUAUUCUGUUUCUCUUCUUUUUAUUCUGUUUCUCUUCUUUUUAUUCUGUUUCUCUUUUUUAUUCUGUUUCUCUUCUUUUUAUUCUGUUUCUCUUUUUCUGUUUCUCUUUUUUUAUUCUGUUUCUCUUCUUUUUAUUCUGUUUCUCUUUUUUUAUUCUGUUUUCUUCUUUUUAUUCUGUUUCUCUUUUUUUUUAUUCUGUUUCUCUUCUUUUUUAUUCUGUUUCUUUCUUUUUAUUCUUUUCUCUUCUUUUUAUUCUGUUUCUCUUCUUUUUCUGUUUGUUUCUUUCUUUUAUUCUGUUUCUCUUCUUUUUAUUCUGUUUCUCUUCUUUUUAUUCUUCUUCUUUUUAUUCUGUUUCUCUUCUUUUUAUUCUGUUUCUCUUUUUUUUAUUCUGUUUCUCUUCUUUUUUAUUCUGUUUCUCUUCUUUUUUAUUCUGUUUCUCUUCUUUUUAUUCUGUUUCUCUUCUUUUUAUUCUUUUCUCUUCUUUUUAUUCUGUUUCUCUUCUUUUUAUUCUGUUUCUCUUCUUUUUAUUCUGUUUCUCUUCUUUUUAUUCUGUUUUCUUUUUUUCUCUUCUUUUUAUUCUGUUUCUCUUCUUUUUAUUCUGUUUCUCUUCUUUUUAUUCUGUUUCUCUUCUUUUUAUUCUGUUUCUCUUCUUUUUAUUCUGUUUCUCUUCUUUUUAUUCUGUUUCUCUUCUUUUUAUUCUGUUUCUCUUUUUUAUUCUGUUUCUCUUCUUUUUAUUCUGUUUCUCUUCUUUUUAUUCUGUUUCUCUUCUUUUAUUCUGUUUCUUCUUUUUAUUCUUUUCUCUUCUUUUUUAUUCUGUUUCUCUUCUUUUAUUCUGUUUCUUUCUUUUUAUUCUGUUUCUUCUUUUUAUUCUGUUUCUCUUCUUUUUUAUUCUGUUUCUCUUUUUUUUAUUUCUCUUCUUUUUUAUUCUGUUCUCUUCUUUUAUUCUGUUUCUCUUCUUUUUAUUCUGUUUCUCUUCUUUUUUUCUGUUCUGUUUCUCUUCUUUUUAUUCUGUUUCUUCUUUAUUCUGUUUUCUUUUUAUUCUGUUUCUUUUCUUUUUAUUCUGUUUCUCUUCUUUUUAUUCUGUUUCUCUUCUUUUUAUUCUGUUUCUCUUCUUUUUAUUCUGUUUCUCUUCUUUUUAUUCUGUUUCUCUUCUUUUUAUUCUGUUUCUCUUCUUUUUAUUCUGUUUCUCUUCUUUUUAUUCUGUUUCUCUUCUUUUUAUUCUGUUUCUCUUUUUAUUCUGUUUCUCUUUUUAUUCUGUUUCUCUUCUUUUUAUUCUGUUUCUCUUUUUAUUCUGUUUCUCUUCUUUUUAUUCUGUUUCUCUUCUUUUUAUUCUGUUUCUCUUCUUUUUAUUCUGUUUCUUUUUUAUUCUGUUUCUCUUCUUUUUAUUCUGUUUCUCUUCUUUUUAAUUCUGUUUCUCUUCUUUUUAUUCUGUUUCUCUUCUUUUUAUUCUGUUUCUCUUCUUUUUAUUCUGUUUCUCUUCUUUUUAUUCUGUUUCUCUUCUUUUAUUCUGUUUCUCUUUUUAUUCUGUUUCUCUUUUUUUAUUCUGUUUCUCUUUUUUUUCUCUGUUUCUUUUAUUCUGUUUCUUUUUUUUUCUGUUUCUCUUCUUUUAUUCUGUUUUUCUUCUUUUUUUUUCUGUUUCUCUUCUUUUAUUCUGUUUCUCUUCUUUUUAUUCUGUUUCUCUUCUUUUUUUCUGUUUCUCUUCUUUUUAUUCUGUUUCUCUUCUUUUUAUUCUGUUUCUCUAGUCAUUUUUACCAUAUGUGAAGACUUUGAAAUAAACUUUGUCGCCAUGUUUGGCUGUGUUGGCCUUUGGAAUACUUUCUUUCUCUUCAUCUACUCCUUCUUUGAUCUUAGUGUACUGAUGCGGUGGUCAACCAGAUCUUCUGAAGAAAUUUUUGCACUCUUUAUCUCAAUUGCUUUCUCUGUGGAUGCUUUUAAAAGUUGUGCAAAAAGUUUCUCUCACAGUUACAACACUCCAUACUGUGAUACCAAUACAACUGCUGUAAAUGUAACACUUGACCCUGUGGUAUAUGCAUGUGACCGAGAAAACAGUGUCUUGUAUCUAUUUCUUAUGUUCGGAACUCUUUGGCUUGGUGUAUCACUCUUUAACUUCAAACACACUCCAUAUCUAACAAGUGGCAAGAGAGAGAUUUUCUCUGACUACGCUCUUCCUGUAUCUGUCAUUAUCAUGUCCUUUGUUGGGGCCUACUUGUUUAAAGAUGUUGACCUGGGUUACAGUUUUCAACCAGAAGGUAUGAGCGCUUCACUCUCGCUGGUGCCAUUUCAUAAACUCAGUGUGUCAGCUGCUUUUGCUGGCAUGGGUCUUGGAUUUUGCCUUUCCUUGCUCUUUUUCAUGGAUCAGAACAUCUCAGCAGCCCUCGUGAAUGCUCCACAAAACAAAAUGAAGAAAGGUACAGCCUACCACUGGGACCUUUUUGUGGUUGGUAUCAUCAAUGGCAUUCUCUCUUUGUUUGCCUUUCCUUGGGUGCAUGCUGCACUUCCUCAUUCUCCAUUGCAUGUUCUGGCACUGGCAGAUGUUGAAGAGAGAGUUGAGCAAGGUCAUGUUUAUCAGAGAAUCGUGUAUGUCCGAGAGACUCGCUUAACUGCUAUCAUUUCUCAUGUUGCCAUUGGAUUUUCACUCUUUGGUCUGCGCUACUUGGCAUACAUCCCAACUCCUGUGUUGUAUGGGUUAUUCCUCUACGUUGCUGUCACAGCUCUUUAUGACAAUCAGAUGUUUGAAAGAAUAUCCUUACUUUUCAAAGAGCAGGCAGCCUACCCGCCCAACCAUUAUAUCAGACGAGUGCCCCAAAGAAAAAUCCACUUGUUCACGGGACUUCAAGUUCUUCAACUGAUUGUUCUGUGUGCAUUUGGUUUUGCCCCUUUUCCCUACCUGAAAAUGUUCUUCCCGAUGCUCAUCUUUUCUCUGAUUCCAAUUAGACACAAACUCAUCCCCUUCUUAGUUGAUGACAAAUUCCUUCGAGCCCUGGAUAGCCACUAA